ACGAGGAUAUACAACUCGACAAUCUUCUUGUAUUAAUUUAGUAUCCUUACAGACGUAUAUAUAGCAUAGCUGUUUGGGGCAAGAAUACUCAAAGGAGUUCCAAUUUCCAUAUUGUUUCUUGUUAAUUAAUUAUUUGAUAUUCUAUACUAUAAGAGCCAUGGCAAGAAAGAAGGUGAAGCUUGCGUACAUCACUAGUGAUUCUGCAAGAAAAGCGACAUUUAAGAAAAGGAAGAGGGGUCUGAUGAAAAAGGUGAAUGAGCUUAGCACUCUGUGUGGGAUUGAAGCCUGUGCUAUUAUUUAUAGCCCUUAUGAUUCUGAGCCCGAAGUUUGGCCUUCUCCUUUGGGAGUGCAACGUGUGCUCGCGCGGUUCAAGGAGAUGCCUGAAUUGGAGCAGAGCAAGAAGAUGGUGAACCAAGAGAGUUUCCUCAGGCAAAGGAUUGCCAAAGCCAACGAGCAGUUGAAGAAACAGCGCAAGGACAACCGGGAGAAGGAGAUGACACAAGUCAUGUUCCAGAGCCUGACUGGAAAAGGGCUGCAGAAUUUGAGCAUGAUGGAUUUGAAUGAUCUCGGGUGGUUGAUCGACCAAAACUUGAAGGACAUUUACAUGAGGAUUGAUCAGAAACUCGACAAAGAGGCUCAAAACCAAAUACAACAAGGUCAUGGAAUGCCGAGGAGUACUGUAGAGAAUGUGCAGCCUGAUCAUCGGAGGUCGGCUCUUGAGAUGAAUAUGGAAACCUUGCAGAGGCAGCAUUGGUUCAUGGAUUUGAUGAACCCACAAGAGCACUUGGGGUUUGGUGGGGAUGAGCUGAUGCUGCCUUUUGCGGAUAACAACCACAAUGCUCUUUGGUCCACUGCCUUCUUUCCUUGAAAAC